AUGGCUUCAAAUAAUUUAAAAAAGUUUUACGAAUUUGGACGGAAAAUUGUUUGCGUUGGCCGAAAUUAUCGAGAACAUGCCUUGGAAUUAAACAAUCCUGUUCCUGAAAAACCGCUCAUUUUUGCUAAAACGGCCAACGCCUUUGUUCUUGUUGGUGGUAAAAUUAGAGCACCUUCUGAUUGUUUAUGCCUACAUCAUGAGGCUUACGACUAUAUUGGUGGUUACACAAUUGCCCUAGAUAUGACUGCUAGAGAUAUACAAGAUGAUCUGAAGAAAGCAGGACAUCCUUGGUACCUCGCAAAAUCAUUUGAUUCUUCUUGUCCGAUUGGGGAGUUUAUUGAUAAGAAGAAAAUAACGGAUCCUCAUAAUUUAGAAAUAUAUUGUUUAGUUAAUGGUCAAAUUCGUCAGAAGUCAAAGACUGAUUGUAUGAUUUUCAACAUACCGACGCUUUUGGAGUACAUAACUCGUACUAUUACUCUACAACCGGGUGAUCUUGUACUCACUGGCACUCCGUCUGGUGUUUCUCAAUGUGUUUCUGGCGAUAAACUUGUAAUUGGAAUAAGUGGAAUAACAGAAGCGUCGUUCGAAAUUGAGUAA